UUCAGAUUCAGGGGGGCCGAAACAACUCCCGCGAAGGAAUUAGGUCAACCGAGCAGAGCUGCCACGCUUCAUUGAAAACAUCUUUUCCCUCCUCUUUACCGUCAGACGGCUCGGUUUUCGGGUUCCGAUGCAUGUUAUCUGGUCGGUGCGGAUGAGCUUUUCCAGCGUGGGCCCGGGCUGAAGUGUCAAGUGUCAGUUAUCGGAUUUUCCUGCUAACAGCUAGCGAGCUAGCUGAGUGUAAACAACAAGGAUGAAGCGGAUGAAAGGAGGAGAGGAGGACAGCAACAGCUCCUCCAGUAACAGCCAACCCGAGGCUCGCAAGAAGGUACGAAAGCAGGCGAGCGAGGAGUCGGAGGCGGCGGUGGCCGGUGAGUCACCAGAGAGUGACUGGGCACGACUGCCUCAGGAGCUCCUGCUGCACAUUUUCCAGUACCUUCCACUGCUGGAUCGCGCCUAUGCCUCUCAGGUGUGCCGCAGGUGGAACCAGGCUUUCCACAUGCCUGAGCUGUGGAGAUGCUUUGAGUUUGAACUUAACCAGCCAGCCAGCUCGUACCUGAAAGCCACACAUCCAGACCUUAUCAAGCAGAUCAUAAAGAGGCACUCCAACCAUCUGCAGUAUGUCAGCUUCAAGGUGGACAGUAGCACAGAGUCUGCCGAAGCAGCAUGUGACAUCCUUUCACAGUUGGUGAAUUGCUCACUGAAGACCCUGGGGCUGAUCUCUACAGCCAGGCCCAGUUUCAUGGAGGUUCCAAAGUCUCAUUUCAUCUCAGCUCUGACUGUGGUUUUUGUCAACUCCAAAUCGUUGUCUUCGCUGAAGAUUGACGACACGCCGGUGGAUGAUCCGUCCCUGAAAGUGCUGGUGGCCAACAACAGCGACACCCUGAAACUGCUGAAGAUGAGCAGCUGCCCUCACGUCUCCCCUGCAGGGAUCCUGUGCGUGGCAGACCAGUGUCACGGCCUGAGAGAGCUUGCACUAAACUACCACCUCUUGAGCGAUGAACUCCUGCUGGCCCUCUCCUCGGAGAAACACGUGCACCUGGAGCACUUGCGUAUCGACGUGGUGAGUGAGAACCCCGGGCAGCACUUCCACACCAUCAAGAAGAGCAGCUGGGAUGCCAUGGUGAGGCAUUCACCCAAAUUCAACCUGGUCAUGUACUUCUUCCUCUAUGAGGACGAGUUCGGCCCUUUCUUUAACGAGGAGAUUCCGGUCACGCACCUCUACUUCGGCCGCUCAGUCAGUAAGGAGGUGUUGGGCCGCGUCGGCCUCCACUGCCCUCGUCUGGUGGAGCUAGUGGUGUGCGCCAACGGCCUGCGUCCUCUGGACGAGGAGCUGAUCCGCAUCGCCCAGCACUGCACCCAGCUGUCAGCCAUCGGCCUGGGCGAGUGCGAGGUUUCCUGCAGCGCUUUUGUGGAGUUUGUCAAGAUGUGCGGCCGGAGGCUUUCCCAGCUGUCCAUCAUGGAGGAGGUGCUGAUUCCAGAUCACAAAUACUCCCUGGAUGAGAUCCACUGGGAGGUUUCGAAGCACCUGGGCCGGGUCUGGUUCCCGGACAUGAUGCCGACCUGGUAAAGAGAAGCCAAAGAGGCGCACAGAGUUCAGUACGUCUGGUGUUGUGGUGUGGAACGAUCACGGCCUCCAUGUUUGCAUAGAAAAGCCUUUAAACGCUCGGCUGUAGUGAAAUGUUUGGUGCCGACAUGCAGAGCAGAAACUCGCUGAACUCCUGCGUGGAGUGCAGGGAUGUAAUGUGGCUCCCGACUGCUGCACAAUGUUAUCACGUCAUGCAAACACCACAAUAAUGUCUGCCUGUUAGCUUCAAAAUGAACUGUGGAAUCCCACUUUGCCUAAUCUGAAGACAGAACCCGCCAGGCCGGCUUCUUCACACGUUAAACAAUCAGCGUGCAGUGUAGGUGGAAAUAUUUGACGAAAAAAAAAAUAAUUUAUAACUGCAAAUUGAGUUAUAUGGACACUGUAGGCUGGUUAUGAUAAUCUAUAUUAUGAGAGAUGUGUGUAUGUGUGGAUACGUGAGUGUGUGUUUAAUGUCUUUGGGUUUUUUUAACAUCGUGGAGUCAUUUGGGCCGAUUAGGUGCACAGUUGCAUGUUGUAACACUACCACUUGGCCUACUUUAAUCCAGUCUGAGAUAGCAGCUCUGCACUCUAACAGAUAUGGCAUUGGAGGUCUCCAAAUGGCUACGAUGUUAUUUGUACAUAGUAUGUGACAGAAGGUGUUUUGUCAGGUGUUGUCGAGGGGGAGGAUUCACGUAGUUUUUGCAGUGGUGGCUGGGUCUCUCACCACAGUUUUAAUUUCAUCAUGAAGAGCAGCAGUAGUGUUGAUGACAUCUUGCUUCUCCUCCUCGCCUGAGCUCAGUCCUGCAUCAAAAUAGAAAACAUGGUUGAUGAGAAAGUUUGAGGUUGGCCGGGAGAGACAGUAAAAUGUGUAUAUAUGUCUCUACCUUUUUGACGUGAAGGUGUACAGCGUUGAUGUCAUGGAUUUUUAUUUUUUCUUCUCUCAAUUGGCUUGACAAAUUAAGAUCUCCGUUUUGUUCUAAAGAAGGUUCCUGUACAGUCAUGGAUUUUCUUAAAGCACCUUAAAUAAAUACCAAAACAAGUCCUUUUGCCCGAAAGCAAGGAAGCAAUCUCCAAUUUUUAGUUGGACCCAGAUUCUAAUGAUGAUUACAGUGUUUGGCUUCUGUCAAAUCAGAUGCCAUGGACAGUAUAUAGAAGUAAUAAAGCUAAUAAAAUACAAAUAAAAAAAUAGAAAUAAUUCUAUGUAAAUACAGAUGUGAAAUGUCUGAAUUUGAAGGUAGAGAUUGCUUGGUGAUAGUUCUAUAGGCUCAUCUCUGCAGCUGUUAGCUCACAGUGCACGCUGGGAAUGAUCAGACAGAGCACGUUUUAGCAGCCUUUUGUAAUGCUUUUCUGUGAGACAAAAGCAUUUUCCUGGCUGCUUUCGUGUUGCUGGGCACCUCGCGUUUUCCUGCUCUGUGUCUCGUAAUUUUGCAGGGGUGCCCUGCAUGCGUCGGGUUGGAAAUAUUUUUAAAAAACGGUGUGGAAAAGGGUCCCACAUCGAGAAGGUAAAGCUGCAGCUGGAGCGGCUACGCCAGGUUGGGACUAGGGUAAGGCUUACAUCUCAUAAUUUAAGAUAAAUCUUUAUGUAUUAUGCAUAAAGUUGAUGGAUAAAGUUGAUUAUUGCUAUAUUAUGAAUCGCAUUGUAGCAGAUUUUUUACAAACUGUAAUUAGGCCCAGUGAUUCACAGCAGGUUGUUUACUGUUCUCAAUGCACCCUAAAAUAAACCUUGCACUGACCAUCAUCCAAGUGUAGCUCCUGGACCAGCUGAUGGUACUCCCUGUAAUUUCGUACCCACGUGAAUAUCUAUUUUAAGUCACCAAGUGCACUCCAGCUGUCCAUUUAUUACGCCGAUUUUAGGUUACAGAUCUGUGAGUUUUCUCUGUAUGAUCACGGCAGGCUUCAACAAAAAAGGUAGUGCGGUGCGUCACACGUUUUACAACCUUUAAAACGCGCUCUGUCUGAUCGGGGCUGAACCCUUCGUGUGUCUCAGGUGCAUUAAAUGGAUAUAUUUUCCUAAAUAGGUUUCAUUUGUAUCUUCUGCUAUUUGCCUGUUCAAGCUCUAAACCUCGGCUCUGUGUUGUGAUUAACCGCCCUCCUGUUAGCUUGUGUUCGGCUGUGUAUCAUGUAACCACAUCGUACAUGCAGGAGAGGAAGCGCUGUUCAUCCUGUCGUUACAAACACUUUUCAGGUUUCGCCCCUGUCCGAAAAAAAACAUCCAUUCAUUUCAGUCUAAAGAGAUUUGGCAAGUCAGAUGAGUGAAACAAACUUUUUUUCCUUUAAGAAGGAAGUCAAAUGCAUUCUGUAUAUAAAAUGCUGUGUGUUUGAUUAUUAUAAAUAGAAAUGUACUUAUUUCUUUAUUUCGCCCUCUGUCAGGGUUUGAAGUUUCCUUAACCGACGGCUCGUGUCUUUUAUAAAACCAGAGUGCGAGUUAUCCUUUACUAGAUGGAUCUUUUUCAUACUGUAGUCACUAGAGAAGAUGAUAAGCUGUGUAAUUUAUUGAUAUGGAUAUUGCUUUUGUAAUUGAUUUGUGUUUUUCAGUUCAACAAAACAAGCAAUCAUUAUAAUAACCAGCAAGCAGACCAGCAGCAAAAUGAGUUUUUCUGGUUUUGACACUUCCAGCUCUGUCACUAUGAUUCUGUUGAACGUUGGUGGUCCAGAAGUUUUAGUCCACUGCUGCAAGCUUUUAGUCAUUUUUUAACACAGAAAUUUUAACAAAUGCAAAUGCAAAUCUUAAGCAGUUUCAGGCUUUUUACUUAUUAUUAGUUAUUUCACUUUGAAAAAGUAAUAUUACUGUACUUAAUACUCCCUGCCAACAGUAAUUCACUACAAUACUACUCUUUUCUACAGCCCCAAAAAUUGGUCCUUUCUUUUCAAAAUUCAGACGUGGCAUGUGCUCCUCUGUGUGAAUGUCAGAAUAAUCGCUGGUAAACUAAGUCAGUCCUUUCAGGAUUUCUCUGGCUUUUUUGGGGACUGUUGAAGCUGAAAAUCCCUGAUUUCACAGUAGCUUUUUCAAAGAAGGAAAAAAAAGCAUGUUGCAGUUUUUAUACACUUUUUCUUCUUUUGCAAUAAAAUUGCAGGAGCAAGAGAAAAUUUCAAAAGUACCUCUGAUGCUGUCACAGUUUUGGUCAGCUGUUCGAUGAGCUAACCAUACGCUGCACACAGCUCUCCAAAGAAGUGGGAUUUUUGUGUUUUUAAAUAGUUUAAUUGGCUGCAAACUUGUGUUGAAAAUACAAAAUUGCUAGAUUGUGCAGAAUUUAGAGCGUUUGGCUGAAUUUGCGUUUAUGCAACGCUGCAAAAUCCUGGAGGGACUGCUAAGAUAGCUUGAAAAGCAUUUUUUACCUGAAGGUUGUUUGCUGCUUGUGAGUUAAACUUCAGUCAGUAAAUCAAAUCCUGCAUUCUCUCUGCAAAGUAAUGCCAUUGUUUUCGUCUGAAGGAGCAUUCAUGUUUUCAGCAGGACAAUCGCACCAAAAAUCCAAAGAAGUUUCUCUACGUCUGCUUGAAUUUCAGGAAAAGAAAGCCGCGCUAACUUUCCCCCCGAGUAUACGGAGCAGAAAUAUGAAAGUUAUCUGACAUCAGAAGACACUUAUUUUAACACAGGCCUUAAGAAAAAGAUGGAAAAAAAUUAAAUAAAAACGAUUGUCUGCAGAAACCGGUAGGUCAACCAGAUAAUGAGAAAUUCCUAACAAAGUCACAAUUAAACUAUGUAAAGUCUUAUUCAAAGAAAUAUGAUUUAAUAAAAUAUGUAUUUUCUUUUUUUAAAAAAAGUUAACAAGUAGUGGACACACUCUUGGACAGCUCUGCAUGUCAACAGGAUCUAUAGAUUAUUUUUUCUGCCAGAAUUCAUUCCUUUGAUCCAUGUCAUAUUACACAUUUCAUGUAACCAAACCAAUGUAGACUAAAGCUGAGACGCGUUGCAGGAAGUGGAAACUUUAGUUUAUUGGAUUGAACUAACAGUCUAUUGAUUAGUAAUUGGUCUUUUAUCACCUAUUUUAGAUACCUGUGCUGAUUGUUUGUGCUCUUGUGCAUUAGCAGCUCAGUGGUACAAUAACAUAUCUCAUGAUUUAUUUUUCAUAAUUUGUGCGGUGCAUUAAACGGUUGCCGUGACAGCAGCUCUAAAGUGAAGGUUGUACUGGUUUUAAUAAUUUUCCUGUUGUCUUAUUGGCUUUUAUCUGAAAUCUCAGUUAGACAAAUGCAACAUGUUUCACUUAAAUACAGAUAAGUCAUCUUCAUGAUGUAUUUUGUCAGUAAUUUUUAUUUUAACCUCAUUGUUCAGAGAGUCCUCCAGUGAAGUUUUAUUAGGAGUAAACUGGUGUUGACAAUGCUGUCCUUUUAGUUUUGCCUCUGUAUGACAAAUGCUUUGUCUACUUUGCUUAACGGGUCACUGGUCUUGAAAUUAAAAUUAUUGUUUUGGACAUGUGAUCUUAUACUGGUAAUAAAAAUUUGUGAAUGUAA